AGAAGCGGCUUGCUGUCAAAAUAUUAAAAAUAAAUUAUAACGCAUUAGAGCAACUUUUAUGUAAUUAGACGAUUCUAAUGGCACUUUUUAUCGUAUUGACCGGAUGAAUUCAGUCAUCUUCACUUCGAAUGCUCCAAAAUUGGACUCGCAAAGGUCAUUUACACCUUUGCCAACUCGCUUCGUGUCUGUGUUCUGAGGCACCAGCGGACGGUCAGGCAGCACUCAAGAGACCGCCGGGAUGAGUGAGGACGGCAGCGAGGGCUCGGCGACCCCGCCGAGGCCGCAGCGGCGCAUCAAGAAAGUGAUGGUGCUAUCAUCCGCCUCAGAGUCCGACAGUGAUGAGAGCGAUGGCCCGACGCGGACCCGCAAGAGGCGCCUACGGGUGGUGAGUGAGGAUGAAGGCGCCAGCAGCAGCGGGAGUUCGGUAGGCGCGCGCCGGCGCCGCGCUUUACCACAACUUCGCGACUCUGACGCCGACAGCGAUGGCUCUGUCGGCCCGGCUCCCUCCGCCCCUCCCAAGCCCGCCUCAGGCUUUGCCUCAGACAGUUCUGAAGGCAACUCAGAUAAAUGCUCUAUCUGUCUUAUGAGAUUUACAGAGCAAGAAGUGGGCACACCUGUGAACUGUGAGCACAUAUUCUGUUUAGAUUGCAUCACAGAAUGGUCCAAGAAUGUGAACACUUGUCCAGUGGACCGCAUCACAUUUGACUCUAUAGUAGUGAGGACAUGUGCGGGUGGCAGGGUGUUGCGUUCAGACCCUGUUCAGGUCACUGACCGCCGCCCCUCUGUAGAGAUGCUUGUCAUUGAGGACCCUACUGUUUGUGAGAUCUGUGGCAGCAUGGAGAAUGAAGACUCAAUGCUGCUGUGUGAUGGCUGUGACCUGGGGUUCCACAUGCAGUGUCUCACACCUCCACUAUUUGAAGUCCCGAUAGACCAGUGGCACUGCCCAAGCUGCAUCAGCCGUGGUCUGCACAACAUUGGAAGCUUGGAGGACAUAAUCUAUCUCUCGGAAGUGGAUGACCUCUUCACUGGCAUUGCUGAUAUGGAGCUCCCACAGGGCCCUCGCAAUGUGCCUCUCAGGCAGACUAGGGAAGUUAGAAGGUCUUCAAGAAACCAACCAACGGAAGAGCCGUCAACGUCCUCCGGGCGUCGCGGCGCGCCGACGGACGCGGCCGGCCCCCGCCGCAGCCGCGCGCCUCCGCGCCGCCGCCGCAAGCCCACCCGGAGAAGAACCAAGACUGUCAUCAUCGAGUAUGAGAUCGAGGAGAACGGGAAGUUCCCUAUCACUAGACGGGUGAAGAGGACUGUUAGGAAACGGAAGACCCGCAAGCGUCGGCCGCGCACGGCCGCGCGCCGCACGCUGGUGCGCCGGUCCGUGCGCGCGCAGCUCGCCGCGCUCGCCGCGCCCGCGCCCGCGCCCCUCACCGUCAGCGCCGGGGUCACUGACCUGCACGUGCGGCGCGCUAGGGCUGGCAUACCAACGCUCAACCUGUUUGGAUCAGAAAGGGACUUGGACUACUUCUCCGAUGAUGAUGUGGGUGGUGCAGCGUCGGAGGGAGCGUCGACUGUGGCGAGAGCUGUGCGACCUAAUGCGGCUGUCUUCAGUGCUUAUAGACAGAAUUUGUUUGACUCCGAGAGAGAUCUGGAGUAUUUCUCAGUUGAUGACGUCGGUGAAGUGGCAUCGAAAGAAACGUCGACUGUGGCAAGGGCUUUGCGGCCUAAUGCGGCUGUCUUCAGUGCUUAUAGACAGGCUCGUCGUAAGAUGGUCUCCGUCCCAUCGCCCCCUCACGCCACAGCUGCACCCGACCUCUUGUCAGAUAUACUGGAGAGCCAAACACUUCUGCACUCUAAACGUUCCGUGGUGUCUGUGGCUGUGGAUGGACAGAUCAGCAUCAAACUGCGCGGCGAAGGACGAGUCGACGUUAGCAAGGCAUCCGACCCGCCAGUACGCACAGCGCCGGCCCACGGCCAACGGGGUGGGUGGGGCGGCGGCUACAGCGGGAACUACCAUCGCGAGCAGAGCGCCAACAACUUCGGUCGCGGGUACGAAUACGGGCCCAACGGCGGCGAGAACAACUACCCGAACAGAGGCAACAACUACGGCGGCGCGCGGCGCGAGGACGAGGCGUGGCGCGGCGGCGCCUUCCCGCGCGCGCCCGCCUGCGCGCGCCCGUGCCGGCCCGAGCCCCGCCCGCACGCGCCGCCACCCAGAUUAGACAACCGACACAGCCUGGGCGGGGCCUGGCCGCGCGGGCGGGCCGAGGCGCCGGGCCCGCAGCGGCACUCGUUCGGCGGCUUCGACAACCCGCUCGACAUGCGCGUCGCACCUCCCGCGCAUGCGCACGCGCACACCCCGCGCCCGCGCCCGCGCACGACCGCCCCUUCCGACCGCUCCCGGAACCCCCCGUCUUCGCCUUCGACAAACUACCCGAAGAAAGAUCAGAGGACGGCAGCGACUCCAGCCUAGUCCGACACGGAGAAAUAUGACCCGACCGAACCGACACACGACGAUGAUGACGAGGAGGAGGAGCCCCCGCAAACCUCGGCACCGGUCUUCGGGCCCUUGCCGGCUCCCCCGGUCCCUCCCAAAAUAGAUUCACCCCCCGAAUCCCCCGAAAUCACUCCCCCGCCUACCCCUGUCAAUGUACCCCCGUUACCUCCCGCCCCGGCCAUCCCGCCCGGUCUGCUCGACACGGCCGUCCGCCAGGCGCUCCAGGAACACAAGGCGCUCAUGCAGCCGGCUCCGAACGACUCCGACGACGAUUCCGACGGCGACUGCCCCAACUUCUCCAUUUAUUCCGCCACGAGCGUCCACAUCGCCAGCGCGGGCUCUUUAGCCCCUCCCACGAUGCGUUCCAAACCAGAUCUAGACAUGACCGACUUAGUACAGGAGGACGACGAACCGGUCAAAACUCCAGAGGAAGAAAUCAAGACUCCCGAACCGACUCCGACUAAAAAAGAUGAGUACAAAGAAAAGGUUUCCAAACGCUGCCCCAUAACGCCCAACACUAGAGACCCGAUCAAAAUUAAAUUAAACACUCCCUCGCUUAUGAAACGUGUUAGUCUUUACGAUGAGGAAGACGCCGCUGAACAAACCGAGGAACCGAGCACAGAGGAAGCGGAAGCUCCUGAACCGACGACUGAUGAAGUUAAAACUGCAGAAGAACCCCCCGAAGAUGACAAAGAUAGUGAUAAAACGCCAAUGGUAACUGAAGAGAACAAAGAAGAUGAUCAGGAAAAAGAAGACGACCAAGAAGAGGACAAGGAAGAAGAAGAAAAAGUCGAGAAAGAAGAAGAGAACGAGGAUAAAGAAGAAGAACAGAUUGCAGAGGAAGCUAAAAUCAGAAGUCCGUCGCUAAAAGAAGAUAAGACGCCAGAGAGGCCAGCGGAAGAGCUCGAAGAAGGGGAAAAACAAAAUGGAACCGCCACUCCUAGCGAGCGAUCACCGUCACAACACUCCCCGCAUUCCCCACAAUCCCCACACUCUGAUGAUGGAACAGAGAAGGAAUUGGCUGCCAUAGCUGAUGGCGAACAACCCGACGGUGCUCCAGAAAAAAUGACAGAGUCCAUCAGUGAAACAGAAGACGAACGCUCCUACACUCCGUGUCUAGACGAGAAUCAGAGCAAGGACGACAUGAGGCUGGAAGGCGAGGCGCUCGGCACGGAGAUGAUCUCUGAAGACGAAGCCAACGGCGUCUUCAGCGACGCCGCCGGCUCCCCCACCCCGCCCGAGCAGGACGGCAAGAAGAAGAAACGCAAGGAAGGCAAGAAAGACGGAAAGAGUAAGACUAAAGCGAAGAAAGAUACGGCAUUUAGAAAGUUGAGUAAAACGGGACGCGAGCGGAGCUAUAGAGAUAAAGACAGACGCCGGCGGUCAGUGUCGGGCUCACCGCGCCGGGCGGCUUCUGAAAGACGCAGGCGUGAGAAACGCAAGGAUUUAGAGAGAUAUGACGUUAGGUCAGUCGUCACAGAGAAGAGGAAGAAACAGAAAGACCCGUUCGGAAGAGAUGUGUCUCCUGCACGUUCCGCGUCGCCGUCACUGCCGCCGGAGCGUAGGUCACUCUCGCGUCCUCGCAGAUCUUUAUCGCGCGUGCGACGAUCACUGUCGCGUGUGAGGCGCUCGAUAUCGCGGCGACGGUCUCUCUCACGCCCUAAACGCUCUAUAUCCAGACGGUUGACGCCUAGUCCGCGCAUUCGUCGAGCGAGUCUACGAUCUCUUACCCCGUUAUCGCCGCGCGGGUCGCCUCCGCGACGCUCCGUAUCGCCGCGCCGCGGUCGCAAGCGCCGCAAGUCGCCGUCACCGAGGCGAAGGAUAUCGCCCCGUAGACGGGAACCUUCGCCCGCUCGCGCUCGUAAGCGAAGACGCUCCGCCAGCCCCAAGAAGGCUGGCAAAAAGAAAAAGCGCGCCCGCUCGCCGCCGGUCAUUGCGCCGCGGCGUCGCGAAGAACUUCGACGCAAAUCACCUAAACGUAAAAAGAAGAGACGCACCCGCAGUCGCUCACCGGAGCUGUCCCCCGGCCCGCCGGCCGGCUGGUCGCCUCUAUCGGUCGAUUCGAGAUUACUAUCGCCACGUACGCCUCCACCGGACGCGUCGCCGGCGAAACGUCUCGGCAAACGCAAGCGCAAGGAACCUCGCCGCCGCGAACGCAUCAAACACAAGCGCGGCAAGGACCAGCCCGCGCCCAGCAAAGAAGUAUUCACGUCCGGGGACAACAUCCUCGUUAGCGUCAGUUUCGCCGAGCAACAGAAGACGGCCGGGCCGGCGGAGCGGCGCAAGCACCGCGAGGCGCGACGCGAGAAGCGCAAGCGACGACGAACGGUGCCGGUCAACGACGACAACGCGAAACCUGUGGCUAUUAUCGACUUGGAGCGCUCGCCGUUCCGCGAGUUGACCCCCUCGCCGAAGAACGUGAUCGUGCUCAGCGACAGCGACCACGGCGAGAAGGAGCCGGCAGUUCAAAAGGAGCCGGAGCCCGCCCCGGCGGCGCCGGCGUUCGCCCUCGGCGCCGUGGGCCCGAAGACGCCGCCCGAGCCCGCCGCGCAGGCCGCCCCCGCUCCCGUCAAGUUCAGCCUGGCCGCCAAGCCCGGCGCGGCGCCUCGCGCGCCUAACCCGCUCAGAGAGGACGAGGAGCCCGCGCCGGCCGAAGCCGAAAACGGGCCGAACACCCCGCCCGAGCCUCCGGACUCUCCGGACGCGUACGACCCGUUCGAGCCGACGCGGUCCGCGUCAGCGUCGCCGGCGCGAGCCGCGUCGCCCGCGGCGGCCGAGGCGUCGCCCGAGCGGCCGAGCAUGACGCUGGAGGCGGCGCAGCGAACUAACCUGUCGGCGGACGAGGUCAUCGCGAGACGGCCGCUGUCGCCUAUUGAGAAGGUGAUGGCGCUCCUGCAGUCGACGCGCGACGAGUCCCCCGAGCCGGUCCCGGCGGCCGGCCAGCACCUGCCCGCGCCCGCCACGCCGGCGCCCGCCCCCGCGCCCCCGCCCGCCGCUCCCCGCAUCGUGCUCCCCGAGCCCACCCGCAACCAGCCCAAACUCUUCCUGGCCAAACCCUCCCCCAUCAAGUCCAACCCCAUCAAACCCAUGCAGGCCACGAAAAUCUCCAUGCUCCCCCUCCCGAGACACGAAGGAGGGGACUCCCCGUACUCGCCGGGGUCGAGCGACUUCGGGGACCUAUUCUCGCCGCCGCCGGCGGGGAAACGGGACGCGUUCGACUCGCUGUUUGGUUCUAAACCGAUUAAACGCAAGGACAAGUCGCACGCUAAGGUGCCGGUCAAGUUCAACCGGAAGAAAGGCAAAGGCAACAAAACGCAAGUGGGCGUGAAGAUAGACGACGACAACCUGAAGAUCCUGGACGAGCUACCCAGCUCAGCGGUCGAGAUGCAGGUUAAGAGCAAGUUCUUGAAGAAACUCAACCGACAAGAACGCGUAGUAGAAGAGGUCAAACUCGUGCUGAAGCCGCACUACACUCGCAAGCGUGUGUCCAAGGAGGAGUACAAGGAUAUCCUGCGCCGCGCCGUGCCCAAGAUCUGCCACAACAAAACGGGCGAGAUCAACCCCGCGAAGAUCCAGGCCCUGGUGGAGGCGUACGUGAAGAAAGCGCGCAAGAAGCACAAGCUCGGCCUGGCGUAACAUAAUUAUAUUAAUUAUACAUAAGCUAUUUAUACUUAAAUCGAGUAUGAGUCAAGUGAUCAUGUACUAGAUGAAUUCCUUAUUUAACAUAGUUUGCGAUAGAUAUAUUUCUUCACCUGUCGUAUAAUAAUUGAUCGUUAAUUUAAUAAUAAAAUAUAUUUUAGUUGGAUGGAGUAUUACUAUUUGAUAGUGCGAGCUCCGUCAGCAGCGCGCGCCAUAUACAUAAUGUAAAUAAUAUGUACAUAUUUAAUUGGAGUGAAAUGACUAUUUUAUUUACCGACCCGCAGAUAUCGCACGCUGUAGAUACCUCGUAGACAUUACUAGUGUAAGCUUAGCUGUGAAUGCGAUGUGAGCGACGUGGCCUGGCUCGACUCUGGCCUGACUGUUGCUCGAGUUGGCCUGUGUUUGGCUCGAGCAGGCCCGAGUCUUGCUCGAGCUGGCCUGAGUCGGCUCGAGUUGGCUUGUCUGAGUCGAGCCAGCCACGGCCUCGGCGUAGCUAAAUUCAUGAUCAUGGUUUUGUGGUGUAGUUUAUAAUGAUUUGAAUAAAUAAAAGAUCGAUUUAAAAUAACCAAAAAUAUUUAUUUCGUAGAUAAAGUAAAAACACUUGAGACUGACCUAAUGUAAUGUCAUGGUUCGUUUAUAUUUGGUUGGAGCAAGUCAGUCAGUAAAGGCUACAUUAUAAUAGAUAUUAAAUCAAACAGAAUAUCUUAAAAACUAUUCUAACCAAGAAUGGCUCAAACAUUGAUUAGAACCAGCUUAGCAUAAAAUUUAAAUCAGUGUACCUACUCUUUAACUUAAUCAAACUAAGUUAUUGCAGUUUUACAUUAAAUUAUAAAGCUUUUAAUCAAGCACUGGUAUUAAUUUCGGCGAUGAGUAUCAUAACUGAUCAAUAUUUUAUGGGUAAGCUAUAAAAAACCUACUAAUAUAUUUAUUAACCACAAUUAUAUUUAUAAGCAAAUAUGAAUAAUCAUAAGAGAAAUGAGUAAAGACCGAAAAAAUAUGAACUUUUCGUUCAUUAAAUUGAAUGAAACUCAAAAUAUUAUACUAUAGUUUGAGUUAUAAUUGUGGUAAAUAUACAUUACAGUAACAAUGGUGAACACAAUGUUAUAAAAAAGUCAUGAUACAUGCUCUUCUAAAAGACAGUUUCCGUCCUAGCCUAGCUACCUACUUGAAAAGAACAGAGGCAAUGCCGUUAUAAACCUCCUUUUUAGG